UCAUUCAGAAAUCACAAUAUUUUGCAACAGUCGAGAAUUCACAACAAAAACAAAUGUAUAUAGCUAUCUUUAAUUUUAUUUAAUUUAUCAUCAGACAAAAAUGUCGGAACCUCAAGUGAAACGAUAUAGGAGAGAAGAGGAAUCGUCAGAAUCUGAAGAAGAUAUAGAUAAUUACGAGCCAUACGUGCCUGUGAAAGAUAGGAAGAAGCAGAAAUUGUUGAAGUUGGGUCGCCUUGGCCAGUUGGCUGCUGAGGCUGUAGCUGAAACCAAGAGCUCCAGCGAGAAUGACCCAGAAGACGAGGGAUCACAGGAAGAAUGGGGCAGACGUUACAAUGUGUCAUUGCUGGAUCAACACAGUGAACUGAAGAGGUUGGCGGAGGCGAGGGCCCUCUCUGCAGCGGAGAGACAGGCUAAGGAGGAAGAACAUAUACUUGAUAGUGUAGCACAGAGCAAGGCUUUGAUGGGAGUCGCUGAAUUGGCUAAAGGUAUUCAAUACUCGGAACCUAUAAAGACGUCGUGGAAACCUCCUGGCUGUAUCAGCUCCUUACCUCCAGAGCGUCACGAGAGGGUGAGGAGGGAGCUGAGGAUACAGGUGGAAGGUGAAAACGUCCCUCCACCUAUAAGGACUUUCAGACAUAUGAAAUUUCCCAAAGGUAUUCUCCAAGGUCUGGAGGCGAAGGGCAUAAAGAAGCCAACGCCCAUCCAAGUUCAAGGUAUCCCAGCGGUUCUGAGCGGUCGUGACAUGAUCGGUAUAGCCUUCACCGGCUCCGGGAAGACGCUGGUCUUCACGCUGCCCAUCAUCAUGAUGUGUCUGGAACAGGAGAUAGAGAUGCCGUUCAUCAGAAACGAAGGUCCCUACGGCCUCAUAAUAUGCCCGUCCAGGGAACUCGCCAAGCAGACCCAUGAUAUCAUAAUGCAUUUCGUUAAACAUCUCAAAAUGGCGGGACAUCCGGAGAUAAGGAGCUGUCUGGCGAUCGGUGGUGUGUCCGUCUCCGAGUGCAUGGAGGUGGUGCAGCGAGGAGUUCACAUCAUGGUGGCUACACCUGGAAGAUUAAUGGACAUGCUGGAUAAGAAGAUGGUCCGACUGAACGUGUGCCGCUACCUGUGUAUGGACGAAGCUGAUCGGAUGAUAGACAUGGGCUUUGAAGAGGACGUGCGGACCAUCUUCUCCUACUUCGCCGGGCAGCGACAGACUUUACUGUUCAGCGCCACCAUGCCCAAGAAGAUACAGAACUUCGCCAGGUCAGCGUUGGUCCAACCGGUGACGUUGAACGUGGGUCGCGCCGGGGCCGCGGCGCUCGCGGUCCGCCAGGAGCUGGAGCCCGUGAAGGCCGAGGCGAGGACGGUCCACCUGCUGCAGUGUCUCCAGAAAACGCCUCCUCCCGUCCUAGUGUUCGCUGAACGGAAACAACACGUGGACGCUAUACAUGAGUACCUGCUGCUCAAGGGGGUGGAGGCCGUGGCGAUACACGGCGGCAAGGACCAGGAGGAGAGGUCCCGGGCCGUGGAGGCCUUCAGGAGGGGCGAGAAGGACGUGCUCGUGGCUACCGAUGUUGCCAGUAAAGGUCUCGACUUCGAGAACAUCCAGCACGUGAUCAACUACGACAUGCCGGAGGAUAUCGAAAACUACGUCCACAGGAUAGGUCGUACUGGGCGGGCGGGGACCCAGGGCGUAGCGAGCACAUUACUAGGGCGGGCGGCGGAUUCUAGCGUUCUACGAGAUUUGGCCCAUUUACUGGUCGAAGCUGGGCAAAAAGUCCCGCAAUUUCUUCUAGAGAUGAUCGGUGAGGACGGGCCCCUGUCCGGGGGACCUGGCUGCGCGUACUGCGGGGGCCUGGGACAUAGGAUCACUGAGUGCCCCAAGCUAGAGGCGGUCCAGAACAAGCAGGCCUCCAACAUCGGCAGGAGGGACUACCUCGCCAACACAGCAGCAGACUAUUGAUGUACUGUUAUAUGGAAAUUAAAAAUUAACAUAUUUCUAAA